AUGGUUGUUGUUGUUGUUGCUUCUGUUGAUGUUGCAAUUGUUGUUGUUGCUGCUACUGUUGUUGUGGUUGCUAUUGCUGUUACUGUUCUUGAAGUUGUUGUUGUUUUUGUUAUUUUGUUUCCUGUUAUUGUUGCUGUUGUUGUUGGUGGUGUUGGACCUACUUUUUUUAUUCUUGUGUUUGUUUGUUGUUGUUGUUGUGUUGUUACUGUUAUUGAUGAUGAUGUUGUUGUUGUUGCGGUUUCAGUUACUAUUACUAUUGUUGUUUCUGCUGUUGUUGUUGAUGACGUUGUUGUUGUUGUUGUAGUUAAUGUUAUUGUUGCGGCUAAUGUUGUUAUUGUUACUAUUUUGAUGUUGUUGUUGUUGGUGUUGCUGGUUUUAUUGGAGUUGUUGGUGUUGGUGUUGGUGUUGGUGUUGUUAUUGUAG